GUCAGCAAAAGUAACAUAUAAGAGAAAAAAAAAGUAACAAAGAUGCCAAGCCCAAACAGACGUUCACGAUCCAGGUCUAGGAGUAGGAGCAAAUCUCCAAAGAGGAGUCCAGCCAAGAAGACCAGAAAGACACCAAAAAAGCCAAGAGCAAAAGGUGGAGCCCUGAAGCCAACAACUUUAUCCUUGAUUGUUGCUGCGAUCAAUGCAAUGAAGAAUAAGAAGGGAUCAUCUGCCCAAGCCAUCAGAAAGUACAUCCUAGCUAACAACAAAGGGGUUAGUGCAGCUCGUCUAGGAACUGCCAUGAAACUAGCCUUUGCAAAGGGAUUGAAAUCUGGUGUUUUAGUCAGACCAAAAUCAUCCGCUGGUGCAUCUGGUGCAACUGGUAGCUUCCGUGUUGGUAAAGCCCCAGCUUCACCCAAGAAAAGGUCAAAGAAACCAAAGUCACCAAAGAAAAAGAGAUCAAAGAAACCCAAAAACAAGUCAAACAACGCCAAGGCUAAAAGGUCGCCGCGAAAGAAGACUGCAGUUAAAAAGUCGUCGAAGUCAAAAGCAAAAACAUCAAAGAAGCCGAAAUCUCCUAAAAAGAAGGCCGCCAAGAAACCAGCAAAGAAGAGAGUAAAGAAAUCACCAAAGAAGGCCAAGAAAUCUCCAAAGAAGUCUAAGAAGUAGACCUGAAUCGACAGAUUAAA